AUGCUGUCUCGGCUACCACAGCAACAAGCCCUGGCAUGGACAUCAUCACCAGCACGCCAGCUGCCUCUGAUUCGCAGCCAAUUUCGAUUCUACAGCGAUAAAGGCACCAACCCUCCCGUCAAUCCCUCAUCUCCUCCCAGUCCCCGCCAGCCCUCGGUCGGAGAUGUCACCACCCCCUCCGCCAUCUCCUCUGCCACCCCCGGUGUUUCCCAGCCGUUGAGCACCCCAGAGACUGUCCACAUUGACGUGCAGCCUGGUGCUGCCACAAAGCCCGUCGUCGAGCGCCCACCGAGCAGCUGUCCUGUCGGUACUAAGAUGAACGGCCUGAACUACUUCAAGAACAAGCCUGAUAUCGUUGCGAAGGAGGACUCGGAGUACCCUGACUGGUUGUGGGAUCUCUUGGGUGAUUCAAGCAAGUCAGCCAAGGCUGAAAAGGGCGGAGUUGACCCUAGCACCUUGAACAAGAAGCAACGCAAGCGUUACGAGAAGAAGCUCGCCGCCCGCGUUGGUGUCCUCCCGCCCAAAAUUCCUGCCCAUCACCACGCCCACGACAUUACACCAGCGCCAUACAACCGUGACGGACUUCCCGAAAUCGGAAUUACCGAUGCCACCGAGAGUGCGGACCAGCGUACCGAGGUUACCAGGAGUGCUCGCCAAGCCCGGCGGAAGGCCAUUAAGGAAUCCAACUUCCUGCGUGGCCUGUAA